GACAAGUGGCUUAUCCAAUCAUAUGCAAGGAUUUUUGAUAAGGCCCAGCCUUCUGAAGCACCACUCUAAUGGAUCGAUCCCAGAUGGAUGAGUGGAGCUAUUCAUCUGGCGAGAGUCAGGUUACUGCUCCACAACACCCAAUGAACUUGAAGUCAGUGUUUAUUUCAGAAAUGUAUCUGAUCAUUGUGAAGCUCUUAAGACAGUACCCAGAGCAGACAAACUGGCUUGGAGACACGAUUUGCAGGUAGAUUAGGUACCUGUUUGUUCUCAUUGGAUUAACACUUCAGCAAGAAUUUUGUGAAAUGUUUUUUUUUUAGAACAACCUCUUGUGGCACUCCUCUGUGUGUCGAAGACGGUCACAUAUGUUGGGAGGCACACGACACCCCCUGUUGAUGACGCAAUUGAUGACGCAAUCACGCAUCGCAUGCACGGGACACAGACGCAGGGCUAUAUUCGGGCCCUUAGGUGGCUUGAAUAGCCCUUAGAAACUCUGUCCUAUGUGAUCCACUAGAUGGUGCCAAAUAUGUGGACUGUGUUGCUGGGGAUUUAACCGGAUCCCAUCCCCGAGCUACCAGAUAUAAAAUCAGAAUAAACGUUUGCAAAAAUCAAGUGAUGCAGCAAUGUUUACCAGAAUUUAAUGAAUCAUUGUCUCUAAAACGGUUUCGAUGAUGACUCCUCUAAUCUGCCUUCCCAUGAUCCUGUAAUGUCACUUGUUCCGUUCCUUGGAAUUCUUUCCUCGCGUCACCAAACUAAUCAAACUCAAACUCAAGCCAUACUCAAGCCUCUCUUUCUCAUCUCUCUAUCUCUCCCUUUCCCUCCUCUCCGUAAUCUGUGUGUUGUGUGGGAUUAGAAAGUAAAUUGUUUUGAAUAUUAACUUCUAAUCCUUGAGAGACAGGCUGCCGUAGUGUCUAGCUAAACACUUUCAUCUCAUGCAGGGCAAGAUGAGGAUACACACUCAGCGCUGUCUGUUACAGACGUGGGUACCGUCUCUAUACCCCACACACACACACAGAUGGUAAAGCAUAAGGUAUCGCUGGUAUGCACACAAUACACACACAAACACACACACACACACAUACACACACACAGAUGUACACACAGAUGUUAAAACAUACCACAUCCCUGGUAUGCACGCAACACAUGGAUGCACACACGUUUACCUUUUUUAUCCACAAUCUAAAUGGUUCCCUCAAGUGACGCAUGAUCGCUCACAGGGGACUAUUAAUUAUCAAUGACCACCGUCUACUUUACGCACUCCAAUUUCUUUCUUAUAGUGUCCAAGACUUAUACUCUCUCUCCUCCCCUUCUUGCGCGCUCUCUCUCUCUCUCAUUCUCCCUCUCUCUUUCAGGAGGUAAUAAGAUAUCAUUGUGAGGUGAACCACAUGUAGUAACACAAGACCUCAGUCUUACAUUACUGUUUUAUCACCCGUCAACUCCAGCAUCUCUCUCUUUCUCUCUCUCUCUCUCUCAUUCUUCAUCUGUCAUUGUAAUUUAAUUCAGCCAUGCAUUUUCUGACAUGACUUAAUUCAGGUGUUGAGCAUGUGAGCCUUAAUUACAUCUUUAUACAACAUGUAUCCAACAUUUUCAAUGAGAGUACAAAGAGGCUUAAAGACUUGAAGAGUGAAGUCCGGGGGGCACAUUGAUUGAGGUUUAACCUGUUGAUCAAACAAUAUGGUUAUGGUUAUGGUUAAAAGAAGCUUUUGUCUAAUGCGAACUAUAGAGCAUUAACAAUAACAAUAGGCCACUUCCCUGUCUUUGUGUUUUUAUCAUUCUCUUUCAGACUUUCUGUCUUCUCCUUUGUCCCUCUCUCUCUCUUUCUGUCUGAGUGUUCCUCUGAUUCGCUCUCUCUAUCUACUAGUCUGACUCUCUUUCUCCUUCCCUGUCCUUUAACCUCCGGGUCAGUCUGCCUUCUUUAAAUACCCUCCUGUGUCUCUUAUCUCUGCCUGUUUUUUUUUCCAGAGACAGAUCUCUUUCUUUGCCUCUGAACUACAGCCUCCACCUGUUAAUAUUUGAUAAGUAGGAAGACGUUUUUGUCAUUUGGCUGCCAUUCUUCCAUUCUAAUGAACCAUUUAAGCACAUAUCAUAGGCCAAUCAAAGGCUAACAUCAUCAGUGCACGACUCAGAGACGCUAGGCUAUAAAAAAAAAAACCUACUACAAAAUGAUAGCGUGUUCUAAUAUUGGUUAAUCAGAGUAACCUUUGGCUUGCUAUCAUAAAUGGCCAUCUGUCUCAGUGCUGCAGAGUACUUCAAACAUGCACUUAAUCUCUGGAUAUUUAUGUUUGCUUGUCAUAUACAGCAAUAAUGGAGGUAAUGUGAUUUUUUUUAAUAAUAUAUGAAUAAACACAUAGGCCUAAUAUGACAGCACAAAGUAGAGCUCCUAUUUCCCAUCAAUAUAGGAUUAUUACAGUGCAUGAUGGCAAAUGCAGUGUUCCUGAAAUGCUCAGUUUUUACAGUGUACAAGGACAAAUUUAGUGUUCUUGAAAUGCUCGUUAUCAAACAAAAUCACAGUGAAAUUGAGUUGAGCUGGAAUUAGCAAAACUGGCAAAUGCCAAAGAAGGAAUGGGAUUAUGUAAUCAUACAUUUUCCACAAAAAAACAAAAAAACAUUCAGUUCCAAUCAGUUGCCCAGAAGCACAUUGUAAUUAAUAUAUCAAAGCUGUUAUUCAUGUGACUGCUGUUGUUUCAUGCUCCCUGAGUUUAACAUUUGACAUUGACUCCUGUGUCAGAGGACUGCCAGGGUAAAAUGACCUGACAGUUCACCUCAUGUGAACCCAUAGACUGAUGGCCAUGAAACAACUUGACAUUCAUUUUAAAUUAACCCCCAUGAGUAAUAUAGCAGGUUUGAAUGUGCUGCUUCAUGCCCUUCUCGAUGGAAGUGUCCUAAUGUCAGUUUGAACUGCUGCCUGUCCAUGUCAAGGUACCCCCUACAAUUUGAAUCACAACUGAAAUCACAGAUUAGUGAAGGGGGGUUGGGGGGACGUUUUUGGAGAGGUGAUGCCAGGACUGAGAAAGAGAUUUACUGUGGUAUGGGGAUAAUGAAAUAAGCUUAGAAAUUACUUGUAUGGGACACUCAGAAUAACCCAGCGGAUAUUAUCAAGAGUAUUAUUAAAUCAGUUUUUUUGGACUACUGGAUUGAGCCUCAUUGCUAGCAUGCCAAGUGAGGAUGUGAUAUGUUAAUACCUACUGACGUUUAAAAUCUGAGGAGCAGAUGUCUGGGUGUGCAUUUGUGUGAACUUGUGAGUUUGACUGUGUGUAUGUGUGCAUGUGUGCAUGAAUGUGUGUGUGAGUGUGUGUGCGUGCGUGUGUCUGUGUGGUGUGUGUGUGUGUUUGUCUGUGUGUCUGUCUGUGUGUGUGUGUGUCUUAGCUUACGAGACAGUUGUCUCCACAUACAUGGCCAUUAAGGCAUGUUUCAAUCUGUAGCCAUGUACUGUAUUUCUGCAUCAGGCAUUCAUUAAAAAAAGCUGUUUUUGCUUCGCCACACAUAAUUAGUAGAAUACCUGUCCUUUGCAUAAAUCAACCUCCCCAAGUUCUGACCACAACUCCAGAGGAAGAGGAACAGAGGUGGAGAGAGGGACGUAUAGAGUGUCACCUGUGGGAGAGGGAGAUAGAGAGAGGAACCCUAUACCUCAGCUGCUGAUUCGUCUACAGGAUAAAACACUCACGCAUACAUACACACACACCUGGGUGCAUUGGCAAGAGGGGAGAGCGAGCGGCCAAAACAACCGGGCAGUUUACACAAACAGAAACCAGAGCGAAAGAUAACAGAGUCGGCAGGUAAACGGAAAACGACAUCAAGGAGAGCAACGGGAGCAACGGGAGCAAUGGGCAGAGAGUUUAGGAUGAUGGAAAGGAGACCCGAGCAAAAUCAAAGAAAGUCUUCAGAUUUUUGAGAUUUGAUGUCUGUCUGAUUUUGGGACCUUCAAUGAGCAAUAAUUCAACCAAGUUUAACUUUCUCUAAAAGAGUUUAAAAAAAGGUAGAGUUUAAUAGAGAAGGAUAACAGAUUUCAGCGGAGGGUAGAAAAGUUUGACAGCAGGACGAAAAAAGGGAGGGGGGUGGAGAGAGGUUAGCUUACAGAGAGGGAGAGGGAGCGUGCGAGAGAGCGUGGCAGGAUGUUCAUGCUUAUUCGCGAAGGGAACGGCGGUGCAGGAGGCAGCGCAUCAGGGAUAAGCGCUCCGCAGGAGAAAUCUGCUAAACAGGUUCAAGCCGCCAUCAAGAGAAAGGUGGAGAAACAGAGAAGGCGGGAGAGUGAGAGCGCAUCAGCCAUUGAGGCAUUCGUAAGUGGUGCCAGGACGCCAGAGAGAAGACUGAGCCAGUUCUUCCCUGUUGAGAGAGUGAGAGACGAAGAAGAGGAGGAAGAAGAAGUAGAAGACGUAGAAGAAGAAGAGGAAGAAGAGAUAAUGCAAAACGAGGGAGGACAAGCGGGGGAUCAGGGGAAGCCUGACCAAUCCGACCUGGUGCCUAUUGUGGACUCCGUUUUUGGCCAGGACAGAGAGUUACGGCCAGAGGAAAUUGAAGAACUAAGGGAGGCCUUCACAGAGUUUGAUAAGAACAAGACCGGCUUCGUCAACUGUAAGGACCUGGGAGAGUGCAUGAGGACCAUGGGGUACAUGCCCACCGAAAUGGAACUCAUUGAGCUCAGCCAGCAGAUCUCUGGAGGUAAGAUUGACUUUGAGGACUUUGUGGAGCUCAUGGGGCCUAAGAUGCUGGCUGAGACGGCAGAUAUGAUAGGGGUGAAGGAGCUCAGAGAUGCCUUUAAAGAGUUUGAUUCCAAUGGUGAUGGAAUGAUCAGCCUGACUGAGCUCAGAGAGGCCAUGAAGAAGCUGAUGGGCGAAACACUGAGCCCGCGAGACAUCGAUGAUAUCCUACGAGACGGCGAUCUGAACGGAGACGGACUUGUGGACUUUGAGGAAUUUGUCCGGAUGAUGUCUCGUUGACUGUAUCAGUCUAUAUCAAGAUUAAUAUAUUCUUUAUAACCAUCGCUGAUGGAACAUGUCUUAAUCACUGGACAGAGAAGUAUCUCUCCUGGUUCUUUGGUGUCAGCAUCAGCAAUAAACCAAGCUUUAACUCCGGAAGAAAUGGAGGGAAUGUGACAAUGUGUCAGACUGUUAUGUCAUUCUUAAUAAGUGUUUGGCAUACUGUAAAUAAAGAAUGCUGCUUGUAAUUUA